UUCGCAAUGUAAUGAGCAUGUAUGUUUGAUUGCAUUGAUUUGCCGCUGGUAGAUAUUAGUUACCAUUUGUGUACAGGUACUGUAGUUUAAACGUACUGUUACAGUAGGUGUUUUAUAAUUUAUAGAGUUGAAUUUCUGUCCCAACACAUUUGGCAUGCAAGCGGAAUAAUUUAUCAUAAUACUACAAUGUCUUCCCACAGCAGCUUCAACAGCACAGAACCACUGAUCCACGGAUACAAUCAAAGAGAAGAGAUGGUGGAAGGAAUCAAGAUGGAAAACGCAAUGCUUAAAACCAAACUACAGAGCUAUACAACUUUGAGCACUUUCUAUCAGGAAGCACGCCUGGAACUGGCCAGAAUGAACCAACAAGUCAGCGUACAAGACAAUAUAAUCGCGGACCUAAAGGCAAGGCUAGCAAGAUACGAAAACGCCACUGUUCAUAUGGGAGAAGAGGGGCCGAUGGUUUUCGGACCUUCAAAGUCCUUAUUCGAGAAUCUAUGUAAGGAAAUCAGCAAACUUAAACAGCAACAGAAAGAGACUGAAAGAAGUUCUGAACAGCAAUUGGAAACAAUGAAACUAGAACUUCAGAAACUGCGAAAGGACUUGAGAGACAAAGAUGAAGAAAUCCAGAGAAUGACAAGUAGACCUCCACAUGAGAAAGACCUGGAGAUUUUGCAUCUCCGGGGGGUUUUGGCUGAGAAGGAAAGGGUCCAGGCAACCAGGGAGGUGCUGUGUCUCUCCCUCACUGAUGAGGCAGAGCAGCUCCGGGCUCAGCUGUCUGCCACAGUGGAAGUAUGUCAGCAGCUAUCACAAAGACUGGAGGGUAAACAGAAGAAACAUCCUGAAUCUGUGGAUGAACAGAUUCAUAGAGAACAAUCGAGCAAGCUUCAGUGUGCAGACUCGAAGACUAUAGUAUGCCAGCUACAGGAAGAAAAUAAAGCUUUACAGCAGAAAGUGGCUUAUGUAGAAAGCUUGAAUGCCAAGUGGCAGAAGUAUGAUGCUAGCAGGGAAGAGUAUGUGAAAGGACUGUGUCAAAAACUGAAAGUGAAUUCAAAGCAGGGCUUUGGCUCAGUGCAGACCAACAUGGACAUGAUGCAGCAGGAGAUCCUGAGGCUUAACAGGCUUUUGGAAGAAAAGAUGAAGGAAUGCAACAGGUUCAGCAGUGAAACCAGGAAAACGGACAGAGAACGCAUCCAAAUGCUUGAACAGCAGGUUCUCAUUUAUAAAGAUGAUUUUAAGUCUGAGAGAGCUGAUAGAGAGAGGGCACAAAGCAAAAUACAAGAUCUUCAGGAAGAUAUAGUCCGUUUAGAGCUGCAGCUGAGAAGACAGGAUUCAGGAGAUCAAGCUGCCCCCUUCAGAAUACACAUUGGCAACAGGAACCUUAUGCACAUAGAGACGGGUGCUGCUGAAGUGUUGCUGGGCAAUAGCCGUGAUCAAUCAGGAGCAAACAGAUCAAGCUCCCAGUCGACUCAAGAUUCUGCAGCGGCAAACAGGAAUUCAAGAUCAGAGCACAGAGCACAGACUGACUUACAGUGUCCACGCUGUUUGGUAGUUUAUAACGAUGACCAGGCGACUGCAUUUCUAAAACAUUGUACAGAAUGUGCUGAACUAUAAAACAAAGAAACAGUCCAAGGAGGCAAUAUUCAACCGGUGAAGUAACGGCACUACUUUGAAUGGUUUCAAAUACCUGUUACAAUGCUAUUGUCAGAAAUAGCUACAGUCUUGCUGCUUUUACAACAUCCUUUUAACUGUUGUGUAGUUUCCAACUUCUCUGUGUCUUCACUACUCCAAAAUAGCACCCAAUAUAUUCCAAAUGUCAGUUUAUACAGAUACUGUAUUUACUGGAGUUGAGGCUCUUAGUUAAAUUGACAGAUAGUGGGUAACGUGACCCAAAGCUGCAGGCUACAAUGUGACAAUUGACUGCUAGUGAUUAUUGUUUUGUGGAUAAUAGCACAUGCUAUUUUUGGUCAUGUGACACUAUGUUGGUAAACUGAAGCAAAAUCAUUUUCUUCUGAUUUAACAUAGUGUUUUUUUCUGUUUCAUCUGUUUAUAUUUUUCUGUACUUUAGAUAUCUUUCUUAUCAACUCACUAACUGUCGCAACUGUGUGCUCCAAAAGGCCAGUUGUACUUCUGAGAUUUUAUUGUGAGAACCAACAGCAACAGCUAUUCUCAGAGCACUUGACUAAUAGUGCUGUAACCCGAUACAGUAAAUCUCUUAUUCAAGUAAGGUGUUAGUGGGAGUUUUGUUUUAUUACUGUGCUGUCCACAGUAAUAAAUGUUUACUUAUUGCACUUUUUGUUAUGUACAGUAUGUCUAAUUAAUUAAAAGAACAGUAAGGUUGGGAUAAGUGCAGUUGUAAUAACUUGGUGCUUGGUUUGUGUACAUAUUGUAAAUGGUAAUAUAUUUAAUUUAAUAGUAAUAGCGUGUUUUCUUAGAAUGCGUAAUUCAGUGUUAGGGCAGUUUAUCUAUUCUAAUAAUAAUAAUAAUAAUAAUAAUAUAUAUAUUUUUUAGCUCAAGUGUUAUGUAAGACUACACAGACAAUGUCCACUUUGCUGCAUGGAUAAAUAUUGGGGGAAACCGGGCUCUAUACACAAGUCUCUCUACUCAAGAGUGACAUACAUUUUUGUGUAGGCCACAGCUAUGGCCAAAAGUUUUGCAACACCUAGAAUUUUAGGAUUGAGACAUAAUUUAAAAAACAAACAAACAAAAAAAAAACCUUUAUGAACAUAAUUUAGAUAUGUUAUUUAGCAUCAUGUAAUCAAGGAAACUGGAAAAUGAUAUUGCAAAAGAUAUUGCACAUUUUGUUAAUUCUAUAGGGUGAUGCAAAACUUUUGGCCAUAGCGGUACGUCUAAUAAUUCAAGAAUACAGAUUUCUAAUCAUUUCAGAAGUUAAAUGAGUACAGCAAACACAUUUUCAAUUGUAAAAAAAAUAAAUAAAAUAAUACAGGCACAUUUUAAAUAUCAAAUUGUAUUUGAAGCUAUUACAGUUAUUUUGAGACAGACAUUUUAAAAUGACAUAUUUUGACUUGUAUUUAUGCAAGGUCCCAACAAAGUGGAAAUGAUUGCCAGUAUCUGGUAUCUGCAGGCAUACAAAUAACUGAAAUGGUCCUAAUUUGGGUGUCUCAUUGAACAAAAUAAUCUUUUUGAGUUCUUUUCAGCUCCUUAAAUUAAGACAGGGUCCUAACAGUAAUCCAGUAUAUACUGUAUAGCAGUCAGACGGUAUUGCUAGUACCAUUUACAACCCACUGACUAAACAUGUUAUUUGAUUUGUUUUUUUCUAAUUUAUGUGGACUGAUUUACACGUUUGUCAUAAGAUACAAACAUAUUGGGAUUAUUUAAAUGUUUACAUAAAAUGUGUAAUAAUCUUAAUAAUAAUUGUAUACAGUAUUGUUAUUUUAAAAUAAUAUUUUUUAUAAUAAAACAUGUUUCAGUCUAUGA